AUGGACGAGAACCGUCCUGUUCGCCUCUUGUCCCUCGAUGGAGGCGGUAUACGAGGGGUUUCUUCCAUUCUUAUUCUUAAGGAGGUCAUGCGUCAGGUCAAUGUUGACCGUAAAUUAAAAGACCACCUCCAACCAUGGCAGGUCUUCGAUCUAAUAGGAGGAACCAGUACGGGUGGCAUCAUAGCUCUCAUGCUCGGUUGCCUCAGGAUGUCGGUCGAUGAGUGCUAUGAGGUCUACUUAAAGCUUGCAAAAACAAUAUUUAAGCCCAAGCGCUGGAAAUGUGAUGUCUUUAAUCGCGGUCUCGAUCUCAUCUCUGCCAAGGAGCGAUACGACUCGGCCAAGAUGGAAGAGCUGGUUAUGCAAAUCAUCAAAGAACGAACAGGAUCUCGAAACUCCAUGCUUCAAGAUCCACAACGAGCGUCCUCGUGCAAAGUCUUCGUAACAACAGUCCGCGCCGAGGACAAUGAACUGCUUCUUCUCCGAUCAUACGUAAACAAACAACAGCUAGACACACAUUCGUCUUCCUUCGAGAUGUGGGAGGCGUUACGAGCCACCUCCGCUGCAAGUACCUACUUUAAAGAGUACCGUCGCGGAAAUGAAGGAUACGUCGACGGCGCCUUCAAAAGCAACAACCCCAUAUUCGAGGUUCAUAAUGAAGCCGCAGACCUCUGGCCGGGCCGCGACGUCUUUCUUAUUAGUAUCGGCACAGGAACGAAACCGAACGAGCCACUAGGUGGGCACGUCGUUAAGCUUGCCCGAUCUAUGACCAGACUUGUCACAGCAACGGAAGGGACUUGGAUCAGAUUUCAUCGGACUCAUAAGCAUUUGGCGGAAGAUAGCCGUCUUUUUCGUUUCAGCGCUCCUGGUAUUGGGGUGGUCGAUUUGGGGAACUACAAGAUGAUGGGUGAUGUCGCCAUGAAAACGGGGACAUAUUUGCGAGAUACGACCACGGCUCGUGAUGUUUCGGCGUGUUCCAAGGAGAUGUUAGAGAUUCAGACGAAAGAAUACACGACUGUGCAUAAGCUCUCGAAAAACGAAAUGGAUUGCCUCAAACUCUUAUCUGCCGCUGGGGGCUCCUACGAAAGCCACAGGUUAAGCAUCGAGAAUCCUGUAAAGGGAACUUGCCAGUGGUUUCUUGAACAUAAAAAAUUUACUAAAUGGUUGAAAGAGUCUUCAUCUUCUCUUCUCUGGGUAACGGCGAAUCCAGGCUGCGGCAAAUCCGUUCUAUCAAGCUUUCUUGUGGACGUCUUGUCUAAAAAGUUUCCUGAAACAAGCAUCUGUCAUUUCUUCUUCAAGGCCGGCGAGGAUGAUCGGCAACAUUCCCACCAGGCUCUUUGUUCCAUUCUGCACCAAAUCUUCAAAACGCAUCCUAAGGCGAUCAAGGUCGCCAUGGGCACCUACUCUUCCAACAAUGCCACCCAUUUUACUCAGAACAUCGAAUCGUUGUGGGAAACUCUAUGUAAAACAUCGGACUCUCUACCAUCGAAGCAGAUCAUUUGCGUCAUUGACGCAUUGGAUGAGUGUAGCGAAGGUUCAAGGAACCGGCUAAUCGACCUCCUAGUCAACACGUUUCCCCAGAUGGUUGGUAGCCGAAAGUUGCUCGGUCGUCUCAAGAUUAUAGUGACAAGCCGACCUUGGGCGAGUAUUGAGAGUCGCUUCCGUUACCUUAGCUGUGUCCGUCUGCGAGGGGAAGAUGAGGCAUCCUCUCUAUCCAAGGACAUUGAAACCAUGGUCAAGGUCAAGGUUGAGAAGCUGAAGACGGAAGGUACAAUUUCACGAGAAGCUUGUUCUAUUCUUGAAGCAUCUCUCGCUAAAGGGGCUGACCGCACAUUUCUCUGGGCAUCAUUGGUGCUUGAAACAAUUUCUCAUCUCCCAUCGCGAAAACUCAGUGCCGUCAAGGCCACGCUCAAAGUUGUUCCAGCCGACCUGGAUCAACUAUACGAAACUGCCCUAUCGGGUGUCACAGACUUACAAGCCUCGACUAAAAUGCUACGAGUAAUUCUUGCAGCGACCCGACCACUUACACUCGAUGAGCUCAACAUGGCCACCAGCAUCAGUUCACAACACCAGACUGUCCAGGACCUUCUAGAUGAUAUGGAGCCUAAUAUGGAAUACACGGUGAAGAGUCUCGGAGGCUUCUUUGUAAGGGUCAUAAACUCCUCUGUUCAUCUAGUACACCAAACCGCUCGAGACUUUUUGCUGCAAACUGCGGCUACUAGGUCUACGGCUUGGCAGCACUGCCUUACUAUUUCGGAAUGUCACUCAACGAUGGCUUGGUCGACGGUCAACUUCCUGCUUCUGAAGGGAUGGCCAAGCAGGGGAGAGACUCCCACUGCGGAUACUGUAUACGCUUCCAACAGAAAGCUGUUGAAAUCGCUACCGCCCGCGGCAGCAGACUUUUAUGCGUACGCCACUAAAAGUUGGGCAGAUCAUACUCAAAAGCAGGAAGAUGGAUCCCAAAUGGACGCCGCAUUGCGCCAACGGAUCGCAAUUCUUUGCAACUCGUCCAAGCCAGGCUUUCAAACGUGGUGGUUUAUGUUGGCAGGCACAACUUAUAUUCUCAAAGGUAAAUGGGAUACCGAGUCAAUGCGGGACUUUACGACCUUUUGUCAAUAUCCGCUGCAUUUUGCAGCUAACAACGGCCACUAUGUUACGAUGAGAGGCUUGCUGGACUCGGAAUCCUGUGUCGUCACAUCGCGGGAUAAUAAGGACUUUGACUGUUUGGUCGCGGCGUCGUUCGCGCAAGAAGUCGCUGUCGUCAGAUGGUUGUUAACUAACUUUGACAACUCAUGUUUUCAGUUGGGUAUAGCUUUGCAGGGUGCUUAUGAGAUGGACAUUGUCAGACUCUUGGUUGACACGGGGGUUGAUCUUAAGCAAGAAUACUUGAUGCCAUUUUCGAAAAGCAGACUCAGCUGGACUCUUCUACAGUCAGCCGCCAUCUUCGGAAGCAAAGAAAAACUGAAGUUUUUGCUGAGCAAAAAUGCAGGAUGCCUGGCAAGAGCUAUAUGCACAACUGCGGGAUGUGAUCGGCCAGCUUCAAUGCAAAUCCUGCUAGCCGCUGAAGACCGUAGGAGCAAAGAAGAUAGACUGCAGAACCUCAAAGAAGCGUUAAGAUUGGCUGGUGAGAAAGGAAAAGCUUUCACUAGAAGGGUUCUGCUGGACACCGGCGUGACAGAUCCGGAAGGUUUUGAUUUGUCACCUGGCUUGCUGAAUGCCACGAUGCUCGGUUGCUCCAAGGAAAACAUUGAAGCACUUAUCCAAGAUGGUGCCAAAGACGACGAUGGAAAGGCGCUGUCAUCACGUGCAACAUUCGGUGACGUCGAGGGUGUCCAAACACUGCUCUCUCUGCUGGAAUAUUCGACGAGGCAUCUAAACGAGGCUUUGUUGAUAUUUUUCGACACACAACUGGGCGCCGAGCUGGGAGAGCACUUACUCGGGACAAUCAAGCGAGUUCUGUCAUCUGGCAAUCGAAGGCUGUCUAAUCCAUUCCCCAUUAAACCGUUUCUCGGAGAGGAUCAACAUACGAACGAAGUAUUCCUCAAGCUGAUGUCGGCUAAGAAUGCGCGACUUCCAGCUGCAAGAUUCCACCAAGCAGUGUGCUAUGCAAUUGCAAUGGAUGAACAACUUGCACUUUUUCUGGUGAAAAGUCGUUUCGAAUUGCAGAACCACACCGGGACAUGGGAAUUACUGGAAUAUCUCGCAUUGGCAUGUCUUUGGGGAUGCAAAGCUAUGAUCCAGCAUAUAUGUGAGGCUGAAGGCAGUUUGGACUCAUCGAAGCUACCACGCAUGUUACUCCUUCGCGCUGUUACUGUAUCUGGUAAUGUGGAGGCCCUAGACUUCAUACUAAGAAAUUUACGGCUGGGGGAGUCUAGAGAAUUGUUACCCGAAGCCAUUGGCAAGGAAUUCGCUGCUCAGUGGGCUAUGGUUGAGAAGACGAUGGGAACCAGCUGUGCUACAGCCUCUCCGCUGGACAUUGCGACUAAGCUGGGAUACCAAGAGUCGACGGCCAAGCUACUGGCAGGGAAUAAUAGGACUUAA